AGCAACAAUCCGAUUAUUUUGUCAGGCCGACUUUCACAAUGGGUCUCGCCGCGCCCAAGAACCGCACGAAGAUUUCCAAUGACCCACAAAACACGACCUGGGCGAACAAUACCUCUCGCUUCGGGCAUCGCAUACUAAGCUCGCAAGGGUGGCAGCCUGGAGACUCUUUGGGAGCAAAAGGUGCCUCUCACGCCGCUCAUUACACGGCCGCGUCGCAAUCGCAUAUUCGGGUCUUGCUCAAAGACGACAACCUUGGUUUGGGCGCAAAGCGAGGGAGUGAGCGAGCGGAGAAUUUUGGGCUGGCAGGGCUAGAAAGCAUUCUUGGGCGACUGAAUGGCAAGGAGGCCGAGGUCAAGAAGGAAGAGGAGAGGCGAGAGGAGAUUGAGAAGAGGGCUUUUGUGUACCGGAAAUACGGCAUGAUGAACUUUGUUAGUGGCGGUUUCCUGGUGGGAGACAAGAUUACGAAGAAGUCAGAUAUCAAGAAGGAAGUCGAGAUCAAGUCGGAGAUCAAGUCGGAGCCGGAGAGCGACGACGGUGCGGUGGACAAGAAGCGCAAGAAGAGGAAACACGAGGAGCGCACUGAAGACGAGCCGAAGUUGAAGCGCAAGAAGAAGAGCAUCGACCUGCGCGACGAGUCCAAGGAAGUAAAGGAUAAGAAGUCGAAGAAAGGCAAGAAGGACAAAUCCAGAAAGUCCAAGCGGUCGGCUUCGUCAGACUCGGAAGCCUCUAGCAACGAUGCUGUCGCUCCAGAACCCGUCACGGACAAGGCACGGCGGAAAGCAGAGAAGAAGGCCCGCAAGCAAGAAAAACGGGCGAAGAAGGCGCUCAAGAAGGCGGCGAAGAGAGCCGCGAAGUCAAAGGACAACUCAGACGACUCCAGCUCGGAAAGCGAGGCAGAAGAGGAUGUACCGACAACAAUCUCAACGGUUCCAGUGGCUGCUACAUCAACUCCGGUCCCUGCAGGGCUAGCCUACAACCCAAGAGGCAUGCAUGCGGUCAGGGCAAAGUGGAUUCGUCAGAAAAAGGCAGCGACUAUGGAUGCGCAAGCCAUGAAAGAAAUUUUCAUGAUAAAAACACCGUCAUAAGUUUAGGUUGGUGGCUGGUUUGUACCUGCAUAGCGAGGCGUUUUCUUAUUCUACAGCUGUCAAAGGCACUCCAACUAGAUGUCUUCUUGAGGUAGAUUCAAAAGGACCAAUGUGAAGACAGUUGAUGAU